CUUUCAGACUGUCUCUAUGAUGUUGAUUGUUUUUGAGAGAGCAGAGGGAAUGUGUAUCAGCAAAGAUUAUAGUUAUUAGUUUGAUUUAAGUUUUUGUUUGUUCUAUCAGUGUUGUUGGUCAUGUCAGCAGAUGUUAUUGAAGGAUGUCGGCUUCCUGUUCUACGGAAAAAUCAGGAGAACGAAGAUGAGUGGUCCCUGGCUGAAAUUCUCAGCGUCAAAGAAAGCUCAGGAAAUAAGCUUUACUAUGUCCACUACAUUGACUUCAAUAAGCGUUUGGAUGAAUGGGUGCCCCCAGACAGACUGGACAUGACCACACUCCAGUCGCCCAAAAAGGAAGCCAAGUCGUCGCCCACAAACGGGUUGCUUGGCUCAGGGACAGUUUCCCCCGAACAAGAUAUACGGAGGGGUAUGCAGUCCAACAUUAAAAAUGUCAUUUAUCCAUUCAAAGACCAUAACUUCAUCUCCCCAAACAAGAAAUCUGAGUCUAUGUGCUUGGUGUCACAAGCAUCCCCAACAGCUUCAAAGCUUUCAUUUCCAGGAGCCACAGAAGCCGAAGAGGUAUCCAUGAAACGGGCCCCAAAAGCAGCCAUUGAUCCUAAAUCAAAUGGCCAUGAUGACGAUCACCUGUCCCUCACAAGCAAUGGUGGAAUCCAUCGAAUGAUUCCUUCCAAACGAGGCAGGAAGAGGAAGACCACCUGUGUGGUGCCUGAGGAGGACUCUCAGGACAGCUCUGAUGGAACCCCCCCUGCGCCCCGCACCACCGGCAGCAUGGCGCCUGACUGCAGACAAGACGACAUCGUCACGCGCAUGAAGAACAUAAACUGCAUUGAGCUGGGGCGCCACAGGCUCAAGCCUUGGUACUUCUCUCCGUACCCCCAAGAGCUUGCGGCUCUCCCUAUUCUCUACCUCUGUGAAUUCUGCCUCAAAUACCUCAAGAGCAUCACUUGCCUUCAGAGGCACCUCACAAAGUGCACCCUUCGCAAUCCCCCUGGAAAUGAGAUUUACCGGAAAGGAACGGUGUCCUUCUUUGAAAUCGAUGGCAGGAAGAACAUAACCUACGCCCAGAACCUGUGCUUGCUGGCCAAGUGCUUCCUGGACCACAAGACGCUCUAUUACGACACAGAUCCAUUCCUCUUCUAUGUGAUGACCGAGUAUGAUUCCAAAGGCUUUCAUACUGUAGGCUACUUUUCUAAGGAGAAGGAGUCCACAGAAGAUUACAACGUGGCAUGCAUUCUAACAUUGCCCCCUUACCAGAGAAGAGGUUAUGGAAAAUUACUCAUUGAGUUUAGCUACGAGCUUUCAAAGUUGGAGAGCAAGACAGGGACUCCUGAGAAACCCCUUUCCGAUCUUGGCCUGCUGUCCUACCGGUCCUACUGGUCUCAGACCAUCCUAGAAAUCCUGCUCAACCUGCUUUCAGACUAUGGAGAGAGACCACAUAUCACCAUCCAGGAGGUCAGUGAGAUGACUAGUAUAAAGAAAGAGGAUAUCAUAUCUACACUGCAGUACCUUAAUCUUAUCAGUUACUACAAGGGCCAGUAUGUUCUGACCCUCUCUGAAGACAUUGUGCUGGGUCAUGAAAGAGCUAUGCAGAAACGCCACCUGAGGAUUGACCCCUGCUGCCUGCACUUUGCCCCCAAGGACUGGGGCAAGAGGGGUAGGUGGUAAAGCAGGCCACUUAGAAGUGUCAGCUCUCACUGCAUAAGGUAAUCUGAAGUACCAAAUGGUCCCAAAGAAAAUGUCAAUUUUGCAAUCUUUGAGUUCUUUUUUGAUUACUUUUGACAAACUUGCAUUCGUUUGCUAAGUAUUGUAUAAUAAUAAUAAUGAUGCAGUGGAAAAAUAAAGUGUCAUUGCUAGGA